AUGGCUACUGCCACAGAGAAGUUACCUGGAGAUGACGGUUUUCUGGAUACAUUUACCGUCGGUGACGAUCGCAAUGCUAUCACAACGACAGACUUUGGCACCCGAGUCAAUGACCUUCGGUCGUUGAAAGCUGGCAAGAGGGGGCCGACCUUGCUCGAAGAUUUUGUCCUCCGUACGAAAAUUACUCGCUUCGACCAUGAACGUAUUCCGGAGAGAGUGGUUCACGCUCGUGGAGCCGCUGCUCAUGGAUGCUUCACAUCGUAUGACAACUGGUCUGAGCUCACGGCGGCUUCUUUCUUGAGCGAAAAAGAUAAGGAGACACCGAUUUUCGUGAGGUUUUCGACCGUCGGAGGAUCGCGUGGCUCACCUGAUACUGUCCGUGAUGUACAUGGAUUUGCUCUUCGAUUCUAUACAGAUGAAGGAAACUUGGACAUUGUCGGCAAUAAUAUUCCAGUUUUCUUCAUCCAGGAUGCUAUGCAGUUCCCAGAUCUCAUACAUGCGGUUAAAGCUGAGCCUGACCGUGAAAUUCCUCAGGGCGCUACAGCUCACGACACCGCAUACGACUUCUUCGCUCAGAACCCCUCUUCCCUUCAUACCCUGUUCUGGGCCAUGUCCGGACAUGGUAUUCCUCGGUCCUAUCGUCACAUAGAUGGAUUCGGUGUCCAUACCUUCCGAAUGGUGAACGCCAAUGGUAAAAGCAAGCUCGUCAAAUUCCAUUGGAAAUCGUGCCAGGGUCGCGCAAGCUUUGUUUGGCCUGAAGCCCAAGUGCUGUCUGGUCAAAACAUCGAUUUCCAUCGUCAAGACCUGUGGGAGUCGAUCGAAAAAAAAUUUUAUCCCGAAUAUGAACUCUGUGUACAGAUUAUGGAGGAGGAGGACAUGGAGGAGGGCAUGAAGAAGUAUGGGGUUGACUUGUUGGACCCAACGAAGCUUGUUCCGGAGGACAAAGUCGAGUUGAAACGUCUAGGAAAACUGGUAUUGAACAGGAACCCGAAAAACUUCUUCGCCGAAACAGAGCAGGUCAUGUUCUGCGUUGGCCAUGUUGUCCGUGGCAUAGAUUUCACGGAGGAUCCACUUCUCCAAGGCCGUCUGUUUUCCUAUGUCGACACACAGCUCAACCGAAACAUGGGCAGCCCUAAUUUUGAGCAGAUCCCCAUCAACCGUCCCCGGUGCAGUCCAGUACACAACAACAAUCGCGACGGUGCCAUGCAGCAAUUAAUCCAUACUAACAACUAUGCUUACACGGUGAACUCUCUCAACCACGGCCGCCCCAAACCCGCCGACGAUUCACCGAAAGGCAACGGUUUCUUCACCGCCCCAGACCGGAAGAUCCGGUGUGCACACUAUACAAGGGAGAUAUCCUGUACAUUCCUGGAUUACUGGACCCAGCCUCGACUAUUCUACAACUCCCUCUGCCCUGCCGAAAAACAGAUGGUACUCGACGCCUUUCGGUUCGAACUCUCUAAGGUCGAAUCCUUGGAUGUCCGCAAGAGCUUCAUCGUCCAGCUCAACAAAGUUGACAACCGCCUAGCGAAGCUAGUAGCUAAAGCCAUUAACGUCCCCGCACCCAAAGAGGAUCCAGAGUACUACCACGAUAAAACCGCUCUCGGUUUGUCGAUUCUAAAGGAACCUCUCAAAAGCAUCGCUGGAUUACGUGUAGGCAUUUUGGCUAGCGUGACCAAUUCGUCUUCCAUCGAACAGGCAAACAUUCUUGUGACAGAGCUCGCUAACAGACGCGCCGUAGGAUUGGUCGUCGCUGAGAGCGUCAAGGACAGAGAUGAGAACGUCAGGGACGGAGUUGACGCUACAUACGGGGCCUCCGACGCAGUGCUUUUUGACGGAAUUAUCGUCGUGGAUGGGGCUGGGAAGAUUUUUGACCCAUCUAAACGUAGUCCACUUUAUCCACCUCAGCGUCCUCUAAAGAUCCUUGAGGAUGCGUACUUCUAUGGGAAGCCUGUUGGGGCGAUUGGGGAAGGCAAGGUUGCAUAUUCAUACACACGGCUCCCCGGUCGGAUGACGCCCAACGAUCAAGAUGGUGUGUUCUAUGCAGACAAGGUUGAGAAAGCCUUAUUGGAUAAGUUUGAGGGAGGGUUGAAGAAGUUCAAGUACGCGAAGCGAUUCCCCAUGGAUGAUCCAGAGCCUUCAGAGUCCAAUUAA